CGCGCCGCGCGCUGCAUCGCACCUCUGUCAUGUGACGUACAGUAUGGAAGAUUGUGAGCUCAGUCAGUACCGAGACAUGAUCAUCGAGGGAGAGCUGCCCCUGGACCUGCGCCCGCCGCCGCGCCUCUACCUGCCGCACUAUCUGCGCGACGACCGCGAUGACUUCCACCACGAGGACAACUAUGUGUCCGUCGACGAGGACACCCCGGAGCACCCGCCGCCGUCCAGCGACUCGGAGCGAUACGACGCGUCCAGCCCCAGCGAUACGAAGCCCAGUUCACCCAAAAAGCCCAAGCAGAAAUCGUCGUCACAACUCAUAAAGCCUCCGUACUCCUACAUAGCCCUCAUCACCAUGGCGAUACUGCAGUCGCCGCACAAGAAGCUCACGUUGAGCGGAAUAUGCGAGUUCAUCAUGACGAGAUUUCCAUAUUACCGCGAAAAGUUCCCCGCGUGGCAGAAUUCGAUCCGCCACAAUUUGAGUCUCAACGAUUGUUUCAUAAAGAUCCCGCGGGAGCCCGGGAAUCCCGGCAAGGGAAAUUAUUGGACCUUGGACCCGCUGGCUGAGGAUAUGUUCGACAAUGGCAGUUUCUUGCGGCGCAGAAAGCGGUACAAGCGGCCGGCGCCGUCGCUGCAGCACGCGCACGCCGUGGUUGCGAUGUUAGCGCGGGAAGCGUACGCUCCAUUACUACCCCUGCCGUGCUAUUUGCCGCCGGGCCCGCUGCUGUCGCUGCCGCGCCCGCCGCCGGCGGCCCUGCGGCCAGUUCCUUUACCGCCCAGAGUCCCCGAGACGACGGACACUAGAACCAAGAGAUCAAGAAACGGUUUCUCGAUCGAGUCUAUAAUUGGCUCGCAGGAUAGUGAGGUGCCAGAGCCGAGGCGCAGUGCGUUUUCCCCGCUGCAUCAAGGGAGCAGCCCGCCGGACGAUUGGACUAGAUGAAUGUUUGGACACGGGUGCGUUUCAAACUAUUUCUAACGACCCGCCGGUUGAUUGAGGCCCUGGACAUUUAUGAGUGUUGUAAUGAAGACCUUGUAUAAAUGUAAAAUAAUUCAUUAACGAUUCUGCCUUCCCGUUACGGCCAAAGCUAAUAGUUACCACACGUACGUAUUUUUGCAUCUUUUGCGUAAGUACACACAGAAGUCUUCUCUCUUUUUAGCCUCUAAGAUAACAAUAACUGUAUAUUAAAUUAAA